CUCAGCCCAGCUCAGCCCCUCCCUCCCUGCGAGUGUCGGGCGGACGCUGCUGCUCACUGCAGUCCGCAGUAAAUCCACCGGAGCCCGUCAGAGUGCAGCAGACUGCAGUCUCCAUCACACCGCUCCGCCUCCCUGCACUCCCCUGGCAGGUGGAAAGGACACGCACAGCGGGGCCGGGACAAUGGCUUUCAUCUCAGUCUUGGCGUUGUUGGCCCUAGUGGUCUCUGCUGAAGGAAGUGUUGGACCGAGCACCAACACCAGCUUUUGCACCGAGUCAAAGGAAUGUCUUGAAUAUCAGCUGGUCUGCAAAACAGAUGAAUAUGAGGUGCGACACUACAGCCCCACUCGCUGGGUGUCAACAGACGCCGAAGCCUACUUCAUGGGCGUGGGUGCAGCCAUGGCUUUCAGGAGACUUUUCCAGUACAUCACUGGAGCCAAUGAAGGAGGCAUCCAGAUGGAGAUGACCGCCCCUGUUCUGGUCAAGAUCCCAGAGGAGACCAAGAUGUGGGAGCCGGCUAUCUACUCACUUAACUUCCCCCUGCCGGCAGCCUAUCAGGAGAAGCCGCCCGUGCCCACCAAUGACAAGCUGUAUUUCACUGAGAUGCCAGAGAUGGAUGUCUAUGUGAGGAGUUAUGGAGGCUGGAUGCUGUCAGUCACCUCCAGGCUUCACGCUCAUCUGCUGACUAAAGAACUGGCAAGGGUUCGAGCUUCCUACAACCACAGCUACCACUAUGGAGUCGGCUAUGACAGUCCCUUGAAGCUGUUGAACAGGCACAAUGAGGUUUGGUACGUGGCCGAGGGGGAGCUAGUUUGCACGGAUCCGCAGGAGCCGACCCCUGCGCACACACCCAGGCCAACUCAGACCAACUCACCCACAGACUCUUCAUCUGACCCGCUCCCUCACACACUCUCUGAUUCACCCUCACUCACUCCCUCCAACCUAUCCUCAAAUACAACGUCCAACGCAUCCUCACCAACGCUGUCUGACACCCCCGCUCUCCCCCCAUCCAACGCUCCUCCCAGUCCAUCAACCAACCUGCCUGCUGACGCCCCGUUCAGCCAAACCCCCACCUCCACUCAGAUCCUGCUGGACCCCACAACCAACUCCUCCGACCCCGCCUCUGUGAGCCCGUCCCUGGAGCCCCAGUCUGACGCCGCCCUAUUGAACAGCACAGCCCACAGCUCUCUGGAUACACAAGCUGACAGCAGCCCCGUGGUCGAGCCAGUCGACGCUCAUUAGCAACAGUCAAUUUGAUUUAAGCAGCUGUUCCAGGUAUAUUAACAUGAAUUCUAAAUAGAAAAGAAGCAGUGGAGGUGUUGCAGAAAAAUGAGUGAAAGUGUGUGAUAGAAGGACAAGCCGUUCUCUUCCUCCUUAUCUCUCUAUUCCUGUGUGUUACACUAACUCCUCCUUAUGGCACUUAAUGUUUAACUAUAUGUUCUGUCACAGCUUUGCACCUGCAGCUUCCUGUAUCAGCAGACACAUGCUUGUCCACUUUGUUGUUCUAAGCUUGUCAUACAGCUGUAUCAUAGAAUUAAGUCAGAUGUAUGUAUUAGUUAGAAAGUUAGAAUUCGAGGUUGUUGUGUUGAGUGACCCAGCUAAAGCUAAAGGCAGGGAUAGAUGCCGUUUAAGAUCAGAGUAUCCCUAAAACUAACUUAGCAACUAAUAGGACUUCAAUGGAAAUCUGUCUGUAAUUGGUAACUAAAGCUUAUGCUGGGACUAACCACAGAAGCUGACAUAUCAGAGGAAGCUUAACAAUCAUAAUGUGUUCUCCUGUAAAUGAAGUUUGAAGCUGUAGUUAGUGAUUCUUUCAAGUUUCUGUCAAUAGUUUCUAGUCAUAACAUCCUACAUACUUCUUCUCUCUGUUCAGCUUCAUGUCAGUUAAUUUGAUAUUUGUGGCAACAUAUUGGUGAAUCAUUUUAAAUUCGGUGUGCACAUUCAUUGGGAUCUUUGGCGCAACUUAAACCUAAGCACUAAUGCAGAAUGCCUUUAUAUAAAAGUAGAGUUUAUGAAAUUAUUACUUUUGAUCGAACCUUUUUCCCCGGACAUAGAGAUCGAAAGUGCCUGUAAAUGCAUAUGUUUUGCAAAACGUAUUGACUCAGUAUUUUAAGUCAUUAUAAUGACACUAAGCAAUUUGAUUAGAUUUUUAAAAAGCAAUGAACAUAUUCAAUAUUCAUUAAAAAUUUAAACUUGAAUUAUAACAAACUUAUAUUAGAUAAACAGUAUUCUGUGUAGCAGAAAGUGGAUUGUCGUUGGAUGUAACCUUAGUUUCACUGUCAAAAGUUCAGCAAAAAGAGCAAUAAAUGUUUUUGCAUCUUUGAUUAUCAGUAAAUCUAAUCCAUACAGGUGUAAACAUUUACAUUAACAACAGAUUUUUUUGUCCUGCUAACUAACCAAAUAUUACCUAACAGUCAGUUUUGUUUCAAGCUAGUACAGAACAGCAAUAUUCAUACACGUAAGCAUCAGUACUGUACCCCAUCAGUACUGGCGUUAGUUAUCUUGUUCACUGUUUCCACGAUAAAAACCUUGAACCUUGAACCUUCCCCUAAAAUUUUUAAGUCUGUGUUAUUUCAUGCUUUCACACAUUGGGGCAUGGUGUAAAGUCAGGGUUGACCUAACCUUAGCAAUUAUAGAUGUGCCUUUAAGUAAGGAGAAAAAGAUGGCAGGAAUAUCUAAAUAAUCCUGGAUUCAGAAACUUUCCAAAUGUUAUAUGUGGUAGGAAAUAUAUUUAACAUGUUUGUCAGGCUCCAGAGAUAUCACUGAGUUUUGAUAAAAGACAUUGAAUGUUUUCAAAACUGUGUUCGUUUCUAAAGGAAAUCCCACAGGUUACUUAUGACCUUGUUUUUGCACACUGUACAAAAUAAGGCUCUAACUCAGUUCUAGUCUGACUCACCAGAUGCAGGUUAGGUUCAUGCAAUAAGCCAUGCCUGCUUUCUGUCCAUUGUUGUAAAGAUCUACAAUGAAUAAAACAACUGGCCAGUCUGGUUUGAUUGGCCACAUCUUUUGAAACAUCCCUAGUCAAUCAAUACCUGAAUAUGUUCUAUUUUGCAUUGGGGGUCUGAUCUCAGACCAUCCCAACUCCCCACUGGAUCAGCAAACUUUCUGGUGCCGCUGUCAACAGAGCUGCUCUCCUCCCAGAGAGUCUGCCCAGAGCCGUCGCUGUCUUUAAUUUAGAUAUGGCAGUGUUAGCCGUGUGAUGCUAACAGUUAGCCCUGUCACUGUGUGUGUUCCCCACUGACUCUCUUUUGCAAGUGCACCAUCACUGCAAUUGUGAUUGGUUUAGAGAAUCAAAAACAAGCCACAGUAUUUUUCUCCUAUAGCAGAAUGGUAAUAUGGUGAUAGGUCUAGUUACACGGAAUUAACUAAAUUCUGACCAAAUGUUAAAUCCUGAACACACUUUUCUGCAUAUCUCUACCUAGAAAAUUAGCCCACAACAACCCCUCAUUGAAAGCAAGUAAGAAGGAAGGACUGCUCCAAAGAUCCCAAAGAAUCAUGCCUGAUCAACCAAUGCAAUACAAGUUACAUCAGUUAAUAAAUUAUCUAUGCGUCUCUGAGCUACAUACUGUGUGUUCUGAGGAAGGUGCAAUA